AUGAACGGUUCUAAUCAGAAGGAAGUUGGACAAGGCCGGAAGGGCAUCCCUACAAUCCAAGAGAUGAUAAGUUGGAACGACGAGCAAUUGCUCGAAUGGAUCCAGCAAACACGACCAGACAUUCUCUACGAUGACGAGGACGUUUUGACAUUCAAAGAGGCAGGAAUCAGUGGCUCUACCUUCUUGGAGUAUGCUGAGGAUCUAGACUUCUUCAAAAGAACUGAUCUGCCACUUAGGGUCUAUUGGGAUCUUGCGUCUCUUGCGAGAAGAGUCAGCAGACAGAACGAUCAACCGAACCAGAUAGCCGGCCGAAGAAGAAAAGGGGAGGAAAUAAACGCACCAGAAGAACCGUUCACUUCGCCAAAAGUAUGUCAAGAAUACGAAGAAGACCAGAUACGAUGGGCCAUCGCAGCGAACGAGCGAAGGAAGGCCAUUAGGGAAAUGAUUACACAGAUGAACGACUCUCCUGAUCAGCAUUCCAAUUCAGUUGAUCCUCUUCCUGGAGCUGUCGAUAAACUUUCAGACCCUACAUUAAACCACACGCUCGACUUCCCAUUUAGCGGUCUUACACCACCAGGUUUCCGAGGACCCGAUCGAGCCGAAGAAAAGUGGUUCUAUAUGGGGAGAACGAUGUUCAAAGACCUCCUUAAUGAGGUGAGGGACGUGCGAAAGAGUCGCGUUUAUCAAAGAAUCUGGCUCUAUGGAAACCGGGGCUUUGGGAAGUCUCACCUUCUAGCCGCCCUCGUCUGCUACUUUGCUGCUCAAGAUGAACGGGUCGUCUAUCUACCGAAUUGCUGGACGUUGCUCCAGAACCAUGUUGACGACGUUAAAACAGCCAUGCUGUUCGCCUGGGCAGACGAUUUCGCCACCCAAAAGAAGAUCAUGGCCCUAGACACCGAAGACGAGAUUCAGGAAUUCUUCAAGCUUCAAAACAACGUUAUAUUUGUCGUUGAUGAGAUGAAUGCUUUUAAGGCCGAUAUCUGGUAUGGGGGGGACGAUGCCCCAAAGACGGAAAUGGAGCAGUGGUGGAAGCAGCAUAAAGAUGCCAAGAUGGGACGGUAUUCCCGGCAUAAGGUUGAAGAUGUUACGGGCUGUAUCCCAUUUCUCUUGAAGCAAUGUGUGGUGAAUGGGGUGAUUGAUUUGACGCCCCUCAAAUCCGACCCAGACUACGACCAAACUGUGGCGUUUGUGCAGCAAAUCAGGUCUACUGCUACGGCUCUUGAUUGGAAGUGGUAUUGCGCCUACAUGAGGGCGUGCAUUCUUAACAGGCCAGUACCACCUAGAUGGACGGAACACAUCGAACUGGUCGACCAUCGAUCCUUCUAUCAGGAUAACUUCGACAUUGGACGAUAUACCUGCGGUCUAGUUCGCGAUGCUGUAGCAAAUCAGCUUCUCGAGUUGGAUAUUACUUUCAUCGACAUCGGCUCUCUGGCUUCACUGCGCGACUUUGUCUACAAUCGAUCUGUCCUUGGGUUUAUGGUGAAAUACGCCGUUCUCGAAUCCAUCCAGUCAAAAGGCUUGAAGAUUUGCGACGGUAGUGACAGGGGUAUGGGGUUAAGAUUCUUCAAGGACCCAUUCGACAUUGAGUUCGACAUGCUCAAUACGCCGGUACUUUAUCGCUCCCGCCACAUCGAUUACAAGACGAUAGAUGGAAUAAUUAUUUCGGUUAAGACAGAAGAAAGACAUGCUGAAGGGGAAAAGCCGAAAUUGCUCGUCUUCCCCAUCCGGAUCACCGUGGCAAGGAAUUACUCGAAUUGUCGUUUGAGAUUCUUGCGUGAAUACCGCGAGUGGGCCAUGUCCCAUUCGUCAGAGUUUGAUAUAGAACUAGAGUUUCUCUGGAUUACCCCGGACAAGCGCGACGUUAAACAACACCGGCCCCGUUCACCGUGGCCUGAACAUCGAGAGUACUAUAUUCCUUUCGAGGAGGUUAGUCGAGACAUUUGGACCAGGUAUCAAAAAGCGGAGAAAGCCAGAGAAGAGGAAGAAACCGAAGAAGUGGACGCGUGA